AUGAAGAAUGUUUCAGCGAUGUUGAAAGGCGCGUCGUUACAUUUCUAAAGUUGUCCACUAUGAUUACUAAAGGCGAAUCUAGGACUUAUUUUUUAAACUUCUAUAACAAAGGAAGGUUUCAGAAUUUUGAUCAUUCUUUGAUUUCCUUCAGUUUUCAUUCUGCUUGGGUUUGAUACUUUUGUUAAACGUGGUUGAGAAAAUAAAUCUUCAAGAUUGAGGAAGAGUUUUAUUUCGAAAGAGUGGGAAACCUCCUUUUAUACUCGGAACUAUCGGCCUUUUAAAAAGGAUUUUAUAGGUUGGUUCAAAGUUGAUUUCGCUCGAGUCACUCGACCUAGCCCUCCAACAAUCGAAGAUCACGGAUCCUGGCGACAUUUGCGCUGAGGAACAAGGUUUUUGGUUCCAUCCGAUCAAUAAAAUUUAAUUGACCUUAGGGGAGGAUUCAUCCGGUAUUUUGUUCUGCGUCGGCAAGCUGCUCAAGGGAACGAUGUUUUCGUUCAGCAAACUCGAAUGUGUCAACCAGAUCCGCACGUGCCGAAUUCCAGGUAGCUUUCCAUGGAAACUGCGUAUUAUUGGAUUUGAUUUGCCAUCAUGCCGCUCCAUUAUCGUCCGUCAUCAAGGUCUUCGAAAUGUUCCUGAUUGGCGAAGAAGAAGCGACAGAUGCGCUUCUGGAGCAGGCCGCCAUUUCUGAUGACGACAAAAUUCGAUCAAAUGGAGCUGGCCACUGA